AUUCGGAGAACUAACCUCCAUGUGUACUGUGAUGUGUGGACGCUGGUCGUGCGAAACAAUCUAAAGGGGAUUUACCAAAUGACGUCUUUGCGAAAAGUUGUGAUAAACUAUUGAUGACGCAUACCAAUUUCUGGAUCUGCCAGCAAAAGUUCCGCUUGCUUCGAAUGUAAUAGCAGUAACAGCAGCAGACUUUCAGCUUGGCGACUUCACCAUGGAUCUAGAAAAACGUUUAAACAAAUUGGACGGUAAACUCAGCCAUUUCUCGCGCAAAGGAACGAACGGGGAAAAAAAUUGGCAGCUGGUUGGUUUUAAAGAUAAUCUCGCCGUUCUGGGCCCCACAGAAGUCGAAAAACAGCCUCUACUCAAGAAGGUGCAAGUAGAUACUGAUCCGGAUUCUGGGCAAAAGUUCAUUAAACUCAAUGGAAAGAAGUUGAAGGUGAUCUCUCAGGACCAGAUCCCCAAAGAAGUGAGAAAAAAAGCGAUGCUCGUUAAACACAGGACUAUAAACAUAGGGAGUUCUGAUACUCCGUUGACUGUACGUGUCAUUAGUAAAGUGACGCAAGUGAACGCGCAAGCUUUUAAACUUCAAGAUCAAGCCACAGAUAAGAAUAGUGCUUUGAGCACACAAGAUAAGGCAAGUCACAAACCCACGAUAAAUGAUCUGAAGUAUAAGCACAUAUGUGCGGCAAAACAACUGGUGAAAGAGUUAGUGAAUCCAACGCCGCGUGUUACUUACAAACUCCUGUCAAACAAAACUCUGGAAGUUUUGAACAACGUGAAAAUGAAAGCUCUCAAUUUAUCUCGGAAACGCGGAAAUAACAGUGACGUUAAUGUGAAAAUUGAUAAGUGUAUUCAAACUGAAUUGGGUGCUGUGAAAGAAAGUAGUUGUCAAACGGAUCACUUGUUUGAUUGUCCAGAACUGCCAUUCGGUAAUUUAGAUUUUUUGUUUGACCUGGAUAACUCGGAGGAUUCUCCGAUUCUCAACAAUGUUAGUCUCGGUGUGGGGCCCAAAAUUACUCCAAUUAUGGGAGGAAAAGUAGUGAGCAGUGGUUCGAGUGCUUGUUGGAAAGGACAAUCUGUGACGUUAAAUUCAAAAAAGCAGUUUUUUGAGGAUUUAAAUGUGGCGAUGAUACCAAAUGAAAAUGGCAACCUGCCAAUUCACGUGGGAGUGUUGACCAACAAUGUGGAUUUGGUCAAACGGAUGUGUGUCGUCCUGAGGGCGAGGAAAAUUGACGUCAACGUUGAAAAUCACGACGGUUGCACGCCGCUACAACUAUCCAUAAUCAAAAAUGCCGGACCCAACGUGGUAUGCCGAUUGUUGGACUACGGAGCCGACGUAUCGGACUGCGACGGUGACGGCAACAACGUAAUCCACCUAGCUGCCAAAUUUAGGCGGAAGAAUUUGUUGGAAGUCAUCUUAUUCCAUAAUCGGUUCAAAGAGCUCUACGCACGCUGCUUGAACGAUUUCAGUUUCGAAGGUUUGACGCCGCUAAUGAUCUGCUGUUUAAGCGGAUGGACAGACGGGGUAAAAACUUUUCUCCGACAUCGCGCGAAGGUGAAUCUCCGGGACCAAAAGUCAGGCCGCACGGCCCUGUUCCACGCCUCCGAAAUACACAGCGCCGAGAUCGUGCGUUUGCUAUUGCAAAACGGCGCGGACCCGAAAGUGAAGAAUUUCUUCGGCACGAGUCCACACGACGCAAUGUACGAGCUGGACACGAUCCCGACCGAAAUCAAGAACUUGAUCUUUAGCAAAACGAAGAAGCGGAGCAGCGAGGCGGAGCUGAACCCCGCCAGAACGUCCAAAGCGGCCAAGUUGCUGAAAACGUACCCGAUGUUCAAGAAAAUCGAUAAACCCGAAGCGUUUGGGUAACUGCCAAAAUUCGAAUAAAGAAAAAAUGGCUAAUCUGCUGAAAAAUGGUAUAAUAACAACUAACGCAGGCUUAUUGCAAUGUAGGUUUUAAGUUGUCGCCAGUUCGUUGAAUAUGGGUAUAUACCAAAAUAGUCCAUGGAGUUAAGGUCACAAGAGUUUGGCGGCCAAAUCGGGUGCCGGUGCUAUUCACAAAGCCGUUAAGUCGUCAUUUCUUUCUUCAGCAACGCGUGUAAGGCUCAAAACUUUCUUCAAAAUACGCCACUUUGACAUCAGGAUUUGCUGGUAUCAUUCUAAAAUACCGUUUACAAAUAUUUUACAAGUUAAAUUCAUUAAGUUUAUUUAAAUAUAAUAUAUAGCGUAUCAAGUAAUUUCCAAUGGUCUUUUCUUAUUUAAUUUUUUUUUAACAAAAUCAACGCACUAAUUGAAGAGUUGAACAUUUUUAUUUUGAGGUUUAAAAUGCGUAGUGGCCACGGAGACGUCUUGAAAAAUGGAAAUUUUGUAUUUUUUUUGUGCGUUAGAGACAAAAGUAAUAAGUAAUAAAAAUAAAGGAGAAAAAAAACUAUAGUUCACGCAUUUUGGUUAGUUGGCUAGCACAGAAUUAAAGAAUAUUUUUAUUUUCUUAGCAAUAUAUUUCUUAAAAAGUUUACUUAUUUUUUGAGUUUUAUUCUUCUGCUAUUCUUCUAAAUCUGGUAAUAUGACUCUUAUCGAAAGAAAUACCACGUAAUUCUAAUUUAUGUUAUUAAGUAAUGUGUCUAGAUAGUACUUUUUUGGACGAGCAAAAGCGUACAAUAAGGCAAACUGACAUUUUAGAUGUAUUUAUGGUAAAUCGUUUAAAUGUCAGAAUGAUUUUUUGCUUUGGUAAUAUUCAGCGACAUUUUCUGAAGCAAAUCUGACUUUAUAUUUAUUUAUUUAAUUUUUUCUAGCAUUUCGAUGAGAAAUACUGAUUAGCUUAUUAUACAAUGUGUCCCAAUAGUUCAAAUCCUAACAAAAAAGAAAAAUUGAACACCGAUAUAAGCUACCUAAUCUAAAAAUAUUUUCAUUUAUACAGGAUGUCCUAAAAAUCUGCACCAAAUCAAAGUGUUUUUUUUUCUGACGAUACGCCCCGUUAUCAAAAACAAUCAAAACCCAAAAACAAUAUUCCGCAAUAUUGUGUGUUUCUCUAUAUUUAUACUUUAUAUA